AUGUUAAAAAUUAUUUUUUUAAUUUUGCUCAUAUUCGCACGCAUUGAUUCUAUAAGUACAAGGGAGGCAAAAGGGAGCGUACGAGAUGGAAAGCAGUAUGUGAAAACGAAGAGCCCAACUUAUACUCCCCAGAAAAAAACCAAAGUUAUUUUUUAUAUGCCUGGACAAGAACAGGAAGAAGAGGAGGACGACAAUGAUCCGAAUGGAAGUAAAAAAAAUGGGAAAUCGGACACGGGCGCCAAUAAAGGAACACAUAUGGGUUCAAAAACUGAUGCAGGGAAUUCACCAUCAGGAUUAAAUAAAGGAUCCGGAGUGGGAUCCGGGUCAAGGCCAGCAUCAAAUAAUUAUAAAGGAAAUGCCGGGGGAGGGAUCAACAUUGACAUGUCUCCUCAUGGUGAUAACUCGAAUAAAGGACAGCAAGGAAACGCUGGGUUGAACAAAAAUCAAGAAGAUACUCUGAGAGACGAAUAUGAAAAAAUUAGAAAACAAGAAGAAGAAGAGGAAGAAAGGAUAAACAAUCAAAGGAGGGCUGAUAUGAAGAGAGCUCAAAGGGGGAAAAAUAAAUUUGGGGAUGAUAAAGGUGUACAGGACUCUUUACCGCACACCAAAUAUGAACUCUCCAACCCCCAGGCAGGUCCCACAAACCCUAAUGCGAAAAAUAGAGGCACUGGGGUUUAUGAUGAAUUUGGAAAUGGGCCUUACAAUUUAGUUGGCAAACAAAGCGGGGGGUUGACUCCUACCGCACCUCCGUAUGAGCAUUAUGGUGAGCACGGCGCGGAGGGGAAGGGUUACGGGCCGUACGGCGGCGCUGAGGGGAAGGGCUACGGACCGUAUGGUGGAUCUGACGGGAAGGGUUAUGGUACAUAUGGAGGAGCUGACGGGAAGGGUUAUGGUCCAUAUGGUGGAUCUGACGGGAAGGGCUACGGACCAUAUGGAGGAUCUGACGGGAAGGGCUAUGGUCCAUAUGGAGGAUCCGAUGGAAAGGGUUAUGGUCCAUAUGGUGGAGCUGAUAGAAAGGGCUACGGGCCUGAUGGCACGGCUGGAAGUGCGUACCAUGGCGGGUAUGACGACGGAACAAACCCCACAUAUAGAUCACACCUAAAUGUAAACCUUCGAGAUGGUAAAGGAGACCAUGAUGGAAAAAAUGGCAUGGAGGGAUAUCCCAAUUAUUUUAAAAAACACUUCAGACCUGGGGAUGCAAAAGGGGCAGGCACCGAUGGAAACGAAUCGGGCACUUAUGUAGUAGCUCCCGGGGAAGGAGGCUACGGGAAAAAUAAAGGUACGGGAGCGGAUGGGCAAAAUGGUACAGAAGCGGGUGGACAAAAUGGAAGCGGAACUGAUGCGCAGAAUGGAUCUGGACCCCAUGGGCAUAGCGGAGUUGGACCGACAACCUACGGUGUAGAUUUCGGAAAAAGUGGCGGCGGAAGAGGAAACGGAGGUGGGCCAGGCGAAGAAGGGGAAAACAAAACAAACCCUUCAUAUGAUGGAGGCUAUGAAAAGAAUUCUGGACCAGAGAAGCAUGGGGAAAACGGAACGCCAUACUAUGUGGAGCAUCCUGAUGAAAAUGACGGAAGCGGAACGACAACUUAUGGGUUAGAUCAUGGGAAAAAUGGUGGCACGCAGGGAGGACACGGGCAAGACGGACUUGGUGAAGGGGGACACGGACAGGAUGGGCAUGGACAAGGGGGCUACGGGCAAGGAGGAUACGGAAAAGGAGGACAUGGUGAAGGGGGAUACGGAAAUGGAGGACAUGGUGAAGGGGGAUACGGAAAUGGAGGACAUGGUGAAGGGGGAUACGGAAAUGGAGGACCUGGUGAAGGGGGAUACGGAAAUGGAGGACAUGGUGAAGGAGGUUACGGUCAAGGCGGACACGGGCACGGAGGACACGGACAAGGGGGUUACGGACAAAGCGGGCACGGACAAGGGGGUUACGGACAUGGAGGCUACGGGCAAAACCACCCGGGAAGCGCAAACGGCGCAGGAACACACCCCAUGCACAGCAACGGAAGAAGCAGUGUCCCAAGCUUGGAAUACAUUCACGGGUUGCGGCCCGUUAAUGCAGGCGACGGACAGGGAGUGUACGGCGGAAAUGGAAUUAACAACCCAUUAGUAUAUCACGUGCAGCACGGGGUAAAUAUCCCUAACAGUAACAGCGAUAAAAAGGCGAGUGACCAUACCCCCGAUGAAGACGAGGACACGUACGGCAGGACGAGAAACAAAAGAUAUAUGCACAGGAAUCCGGGGGAAAAAUAUAAAGGCUCCAAUUCCCCCCACGAUUCAAACGACGAUUCUGGCGAUACUGAAUACGAGUUAAAUGAAGGUGAUGUUAAAAGGUUAACGCCCAAGAAUAAAAAAGGUGCAACGACGGAGGAAGUCGACACCUAUCCGUAUGGAAAAAAAACAAAUGGAAGUGAAUUCCCCAGGAUGAAUGGCAGCGAAACGGGACACUACGGAUAUAACAACACAGGAUCAGGUGGCCAUAAUGAUGAAAACGGAUACACGCCUAUCAUCGUAAAGUAUGACAACACGCAUGCUAAAAACAGGGCAAACGAAAUUGAGGAAAACCUAAAUAAAGGGGAAUAUUCUAGAAUAAAGAUGGCCAAGGGGAAGAAAGGGCAAAAAUCAGGGGGAUACGAAUCUGACGGGGAAGAUUCAGAUGUAGAUUCCUCCAACGUCUUUUACGUAGACAACGGACAAGAUAUGCUAAUUAAGGAGAAGAUGUCCAGAUCGGAAGGACCAGACGAAAUGUCAGAAGAAGGACUGAACGUAAAGUAUAAGGCACAAAGAGGACCUGUAAAUUACCACUUUUCAAAUUACAUGAAUUUAGAUAAAAGAAAUACACUAAGCUCCAAUGAAAUAGAAUUACAAAAAAUGAUAGGACCUAAAUUCUCAGAAGAGGUGAAUAAAUAUUGCCGUCUUAAUGAACCUUCCUCAAAAAAAGGGGAAUUCCUAAACGUUUCCUUUGAGUAUUCCAGAGCGUUGGAAGAGUUAAGAAGCGAAAUGAUUAACGAAUUGCAAAAAAGAAAAGCAGUGGGAUCGAACUAUUACAAUAAUAUCUUAAACGCCAUUUAUACCUCCAUGAAUAGAAAGAACGCGAACUUUGGGAGAGACGCAUACGAAGAUAAAAGCUUCAUCUCAGAGGCUAACUCGUUUCGAAAUGAAGAGAUGCAACCGCUAAGUGCCAAAUAUAACAAAAUUUUAAGGCAGUACCUUUGUCAUGUAUUUGUGGGCAACCCUGGUGUAAAUCAGUUGGAGAGACUAUACUUCCACAAUUUAGCCUUAGGAGAACUGAUCGAACCGAUCAGGAGAAAAUACAACAAAUUGGCAUCCUCCUCUGUGGGUCUAAACUACGAAAUUUAUAUUGCCUCCUCCUCUAACAUAUAUCUAAUGGGUCACCUGCUGAUGCUCUCCUUAGCUUACCUUUCCUACAAUAGCUACUUCGUGCAGGGUUUGAAACCUUUCUAUUCGUUAGAGACCAUGCUGAUGGCCAAUUCGGAUUACUCCUUCUUCAUGUACAACGAAGUUUGCAAUGUGUAUUACCACCCCAAGGGAACCUUCAAUAAAGACAUCACCUUCAUCCCAAUCGAGUCUAGACCGGGUAGGCACAGUACCUAUGUAGGGGAAAGGAAAGUAACCUGCGAUUUGCUAGAACUGAUUCUAAAUGCUUACACGUUGAUUAAUGUACACGAAAUACAGAAGGUAUUUAAUACCAGUGAGGCGUAUGGCUAUGAAAACUCCAUCUCCUUUGGGCACAAUGCGGUGAGGAUAUUCUCACAGGUAUGUCCCAGGGAUGAUGCCAAGAAUACUUUCGGCUGCGACUUUGAAAAGUCCACUCUUUACAACUCUAAAGUGUUAAAAAUGGACGAAGGGGAUAAGGAAAACCAGAGAAGCCUUAAAAGAGCCUUUGAUAUGUUGCGCACCUUUGCCGAAAUAGAAAGUACAUCCCACCUGGGGGAUCCCAGCCCUAAUUAUAUAAGCCUCAUUUUUGAGCAGAACUUGUACACGGAUUUUUAUAAGUACCUCUUCUGGUACGAUAAUAGAGAGCUGAUAAACGUACAAAUUAGAAACGCUGGUAGAAGGAAGAAGGGGAAGAAGGUCAAAUUUGUCUACGACGAGUUUGUCAAAAGAGGAAAGCAAUUAAAAGAUAAACUGAUCAAAAUCGAUGCCAAGUACAAUGCCAGAAGUAAAGCGCUAUUAGUUUUCUACGCCCUCGUGGAUAAAUACGCCAACAUUUUUAGGAAAAGCGAAAAUGUUAGGAAGUUCUUCCUAAACGAUGUGUCCUCCAUACGCCAUCAUUUGUACUUGAACAGCGUCCUGACCAAAUCGCCCAAGUCUAAUUUGGACUCCAUGAAGAAGACGCUUGAAGAGUUGCAGUCGUUGACGAACGCCCCGCUAAAAUUCAUCGUACGAGGAAAUAACUUAAAAUUUUUAAACAACGUAGCUAAAUUUGAAAACUUAUUCUACGUGAACUUGUUCAUCAUGUCGUCCCUUUCGAGAAAAGACCCAGUCAAGAGCUACUACAGUGAGAAGAAGAAAAUGCUAACUGCAACCAGGGCUGAGAAAUUCGCAACAUCCACAUCGGCGUUAAUACCACAUAAACUCAGAAAGCUCGUGGUGACCAUGAAAAAGGGACUCCUAAAGAAGAAAUUGCUAACCGCGCUGGCCAAGAUGAAACUGCUGCAACACAUUCCUGCUAAUCUGCUGGAAAACAUAUUGACGACCAUCCGGUUUACCACCCAUACCAUAGCUACGAGAGAAAUUAUUCAAAACGCGAAAUAUAUGCCAAAAAAUUUGACCUUUUAUCAAAACCGAAAUGUGGAGCUAGCCAAACAGGUGUUUGCAGACGGGGGAUUCGCAAAGUAUGCAGACAAUUUGAUGUCCACGUGGUUCACCAAAGGGUUCGAAGAAUUCAAAAGGGAAAAAAUUGAAAAACAAAAAAUGGAAUAUUCAAUUGAGAAGGAACUAAAAGAGGCCAGCAAUAAUGACAUCAGUGCAAGUGAAGAAAUCACGGAGCAGGAAAAAUUACAGCAAGAGCAAAACGAAUUAAAUGAGGAGAAGGAAAGACAAAGACAAGAGAACAAAUUAAUUUUUAAUCAAAAUGACAAGUGGGAUCAGUACAUUAAUAAAGAAUUCGCAAAGGCGUUGGGAAUAUGGCUAGAGCUCUCGGACAAUGCAUAUAACAAGGACUCCUUCAUCUACAGAGUUGUUGAAGAUAGUAAGUACCUCCUAGAAAGUAACAUCGAAGAUAAUAUUAUGUUCUCCAGAACGGUCAAGCCAACAAAACAAACAGCGUUUCGAAAAUUUUUCAAAAAAAUUAUUUCCCUUGGAAAUAUGCUCCUACGAAAACCCAGUUUUAAAGUAGAACAUGCCAUAUGGUUUGGAGCAACCAUCAACAUGAAAAAGGCAAUGAUGUUAUUAGAAAAAGUGGCAGAGCUGCAUAAGCUUCUACGUAAUGAGGAUGAAUCUUGGCUGAUUAAUGAAGCCUUCAUCGAAAUUGUAGACCAUGUAGUGCUAAUCAGCUCAGAAAAACGUCUACGUGAACCGUUUAGUGUGGCUAGAAACCCCGGAAUGGUGGCUAUCAACCCGGCAUAUGCCCAACUAAAUAAUGAAGAAAGAAUGAAAGAAUUACAAAAUUCGAUGUGUGCUGAUCAUUGCUCUGCUUUGUGGAAAACGAUUUCAACUUUUGCUUUGCAACAUUUGAAGAACCCAGAAAGUUUACAUUCUUAUGAAUCCAAAUUUUCUAAAAAUUCAUUUGGAAACAAAAUUGAUGACCAAAAUUUUGUAAACAAUUUUAAAAUGAUCCUUGGAGGGGAUGCUGUCUUGCACUACUUCGAUGUGCUGCUACCCAAAUCGAUGAAGAAAGAAUUGAAGGCCAUGAAAAAUGGAGUCUCCCUAUCCUCUGCCUUUUCACUCAAAUUAACCAAAAUCAUUUUUAGCGAAUUGCAAUUGCCCUACUUAAGCCAAAUGUUUUACACGCAAGCUCCAUAUUUUGGUCACUUCAUAGGCAAAUGGCAAAAGGAGAGAGAAAAAAGUAGGAUGAAAGAAAUACUAGGGUUCAUGACUCUGGGCACUUUAUCUGCAUACACUAUCCUCAGCGCAAUGGAUAUAUCUCAGCACGCUACUGACAUCGGAAUGGGACCUGCCACCAGUUGUUACACAUCUACUAUCCCUCCACCUAAGCAAGUAUGCAUCCAACAAGCCGUUAAAGCAACGUUAACUAGCUCCACACAAGCUUGCAUGAAGAGUGUUUUCUCCGUUGGACUCUUCGCAUCCAUUGGGCCCUACCUAUUCGCACCCAUGGCCGGUCUAGCCGUAUGGAACGUUUUAAAAUCAGAGUUUAAAGUUUUGCAAAGAGUUGAUAUGGCCCUCAAGAGUGUCUUUAAAAACAUGUGGAGGAAAUUUUUGUCCAUAAAGGGAAUUCGAAAACUGAAAUAUAUUUUCAAAAGAAGGAAGACCAUGAAAAAGAAAAUUAUUGAAAAGGCAGAACACAAAAUGUUGGAAAUGAAAAAUAAUCCCGAAAUGGCUAAGAAUCAUAAGUUGGCCGUCCAAAAAAUUCACAAACAUGCUUCGGGAAGUUACCACUACAUAUCUUACGCCCGCAUACAGGUGUAGGGUGGUGUGGCCUCUCCUUCUCUGCGGUGAGUUGGAAGAAAGCUUCGUCCAGGUGUGCCCACACGUUUGUCUCCACCGUUGGACGCGUUUUUCUUUUUCAACUUUUUGGCUUACUACCCGUGCGACGUGGCUACGUGCGUAGGAAGGAAACGGGGGUGGGGGGCGGCAAGGCGGUUUUCUUUCCGGCACACUGCUCAAUUGGCGUUUCGGCAUUUUGGUUCCAACAUUUUGACGUCCAACAUUUUGACUUCCACAAUUCUGAUAUUGCGCCUUUUUUUUCCCCCGAUUUGUCCUCCUCCCCGUUGGUGCACCCUUUCGGUAAUUAACAAAUUUGCGUACCUGCUGCGACCCACUGGGGCAUUCAUUCCACCACGCCGUUGCCGUUACCGUUGCCGUUACCGUUGCCGCUACCGUUGCCGCCACCGCUACCACUGCUUCCGCGUUGGCCAUCGAUUUGGCAGCACUUUUUGCUUGGGUUUUAAUUUGUACGCCCGCGCCUCGGGCUUCUGCGUUUGUUCUCACCCCUACCUUUUGGAGUGAUUUUAUUUUUCCACCUCCCCUUU